AUGCCGUCCACGCCGCCGUCCGACCUCGCCUCAAGCUCUCCACCACCUGUGAAGCGAAAGCGCUCCUUCCUCGAGGACUCCUCCGCGCCAAACUCUCCCUCGCCCUCUUCCAAGAGGCCGCGCAAGUCUGUCUUAGGCUCUGUCAAGGGCAAAGACGUGCUGAAGGGCAAGAAAGGCGCAGCCGACGCAUCCAAGAAGCAGCAGAAGCUCACUCAGCUGCAUUUCGCUCUUGACGUCACUGUUCUCAAGACGUGCGAGCGCUGCGACCUCUCGUACACCAUGGGUGCUCCCGACGAUGAGAGUCUCCAUCGAAAGCACUGCGCCAGGGUGCAACGCGGCCUGGAAUGGGGCCGCGAAGAAGAGCGCGAGGCGUCGAAGGCAAAUGUUGAGGAGUUGGCCACAGGCGUGAAGCUGAAGAACGGCACCAAGGGUCGCAUGGUCAGCUUCCGUCCGGACGUAGGGGGCAAGAUCGGUGCCAAGCUCACCAUACUCCUCGAGACGAUGAGCCUCGCUCUGUCCUCUCCCCCUCUUUCUCCGGCUGUUCUCAAACAAUGCAAGAUCUACCUCUUCCUACUCUCCACGUCUUCGAGCACAUCCCUUACCCCACGCGAGAAGAUCGUCGGUUGUGUCAUCGCACAGCGUAUCUCCACCGCCAUGGCCAUCGCGACCGACGCCGAUCUCGCAGCGCGCACCUCUAAUCCUGCGCCCGGUAGCGCAGCUCCCGCUCGCCGUCCCCUCCACAGUUUGAUACCCGUCGACACGUCGACGAAUUUAUACGUCCACCCUGCUCCGCUUCCGACCCCUAUGGGCAUUCCUCGCCUAUUUGUCUCUUCUACCCAUCGCCGACUCGGUGUAGCGACACACUUGCUCACCGCCGCGGCGCAGAACUUCAUUCUGGGAUGCCCCCUCGACCCCAGGAAGGGUGAGAUCGCGUUCACCCAACCUACGGGUGCUGGGAAGGCCAUCCUCGAAUCUUGGGGCAAAGGUGGUGUGCGUAUUUACGAAGAAGAGCAAAUGCGAUGA